AACAAUUGCACAAGGUUCAGUCAUUGUCAGUGUCAGUAUCAGUGUUUCACAGCCUGUCCGCCUUAAAUCAAGACCUCUCACAUUUAAGCGGUUAGUAUGCAAACCAUUGUGCUGUUGGUGUUGUGGGUACUGGGAACAUCACUGGUGUUGCCAGACCCUGACACAGCUGGAGAGAAAGUGGCCGAAGAGCCUAUUCCAUGUUCUAAGGGAUGCACCUGUCUGCAUGAUGACUACAGCUUGGAACUUAACAUGUACUGCAGUGCUCGUAACCUUACGCAAGUCCCCUCUGACAUGCCCCCAUCCACUCAUUCCCUCUGGCUGGAUGGCAACCUGUUCACCUCCAUCCCAGUAGCGUCUUUUAAGGAUCUUUCUAACCUGGAUUUUUUGAAUCUGCAGAGUGGCGAGGUGGUGACACUUGACCCUCAGGCUUUCAAGGGACUUAGGUCGCUAGCACACAUUCACCUUGAGCGAAAUCACAUCCGGGUGUUACCAGCUACGAUCUUCCACAAUACACCUAACCUUGCUUCAGUUAGUCUGCAUAACAACCAACUCACUCGUAUUGAAGAAAGACUGUUUGCAGGACUCUCAAACAUGUGGCUUCUCAACCUAGGGUGGAACUCAUUAUCAGUUUUACCUGAGACAGUUUUCCAUGACCUGCAAGGUCUACGGGAGCUCGUUCUAGCAGGGAAUAGACUUGCGUACUUGCAGCCACAGCUUUUCCAAAAUCUUGCUGAGCUUAAAGAGUUAGAUCUGACUGGAAAUCACAUUAAGGUCAUCAAAGCUAAUGUGUUUGUUAAACUUACUAAACUGCAAAAGCUUUACCUGGCCCAGAAUCAGAUAGUGACAGUGGUACCCAGGGCCUUCUUUGGCAUGAAGUCACUAAGAUGGAUGGAUCUCACAAACAACAGGCUGACUUCUCUCCAUGACGACACGUUUUUGGGCCUGCACAGUCUUCAUGUACUGCGUCUUUCCAACAACUCAAUCACUGGAAUUAGGCCCAGGACUUUCCGUGAUCUGCAGUACUUAGAAGAGCUACGACUCAGCUACAACAGGAUCCGAGCACUGGGGGAAAGGAUCUUUGAAGGGCUUGGUCACCUGGAGGUCCUAGAGCUGGAGCACAACCAAGUACAGGAGGCACAAGUUGGUAGUUUCACUGGGCUCUCUCAUGUGGCUGUCAUCAACCUGUCUGGAAGCUGCUUCCAAAGUCUGCCAGACCAAAUUUUCAAAGGUCUGUCAAAGCUCCACAGCCUUCAUCUGGACAGAGGUUGCCUAGCAAGGGUCACAACUCAAGCUUUCACUGGACUUUCUGGUUUACGGAGGCUUUUCUUGCAGCACAACAACAUCUCUGUGGUGGAACGCCAGAGCUUUGUGGACCUGGUGGGCCUAUUGGGACUGGACUUGAGUUUUAACAAGUUGGAGGUUUUCACAACCCAUACAUUCUCCGGCCUAAAGAAUUUGGAGUACUUGCUGUUGUCCAACAAUGAAUGUCGAGACUUUUUGCAGAAUGGCACAAAGCAGCUACUCCCAAAGCUGCGCUAUCUGGACCUGAGAGCUAAUACUUUGACAAGUAUGGUUCCUGAUUUUCCAGAGGGUAUGGAAAAACUUUUGCUAUCUGGGAACCAGUGGAAAUGUGAUUGCAGUGCCCUCCCACUCAGAAAUUACAUCUUGAGGAAUCCGUUGGUGAUACCUCGGCAAGUGGAGACCCACGCAGAAGGUGAAGAGCCUGACACAACUAUUACCAUAUACAACAACAUUACAUGCACCAGCCCACCACGUCUAGCUGGUCAGGACCUGCGGGAUAUUGACAGUGAGCACUUCCAAAGCUGCUAGACAAACAUGCACAGAUCUGUUUAGAAAAGUGGUUGGUGUUAUCUGUGGUAUUUAAAAGAAAAUGUGAUUUCAAUAUUUUAAUUGUAAUACUAAUACAUGAUUCAGGCUCUUGCAUAACAUUUACUAUCUACAAAUAAAUGGUUGUCAUGUGUUGCCUUUAGAUGAAAUGGUUCAAAAAUAUUUAAGGAAUGCUAUGAAUUUCUUUAAAUGAAAAGACAAACCAACAAUGUAUUUUGCUGUAACUUUUCAGAGUUAUAAGUUAAUAGUUAAUGUCUAAUUGUGGGAAAAUGCAACUACAUUUGGUAAAUUGUCACCUCUCUCAAGAAAAGGGAGAAUUUGAUGUUAUUUCCCUCAAUUCACUUCAAAUGCUUUCAAAUAAUUUGGUUUAUAUUGGCAUUGGAGAGCAAAAUGGAUUGUAUAGAACUGAGUUCUACCACUUUGGGAUCAGGUUACCAGGUGAUGUUGCUUGACAUUGAAACAUGUUUGCUGGAGUUAUAAAACAAAAUAGAUAGCUUUAAAUGAGAUGCAUUUUGAUGAAUUUUUUUAAAUAUUUUAAAUAUUUUAAUAUAUCUUGGACCUCCUUUAUGCGGUUGAACAUGCCUUGGUAAUUUGUGUCCUUUAGGACAAUGAAAGUGGAGGGCUAAAAAAACUGAGUGCAACAAAACUGAA